AUGGCCCAGGACAACGCUGACAACGCUCCGGCGCGCGGCUUGUCCUCGUUCGCCAACCUGCUCGGCUCCAAUGCCGGCACAAUCUCGAGCGCGCCUGUCAUGUACAACCAGCAGCCUGGCCCCGAUGGCCAGCAGCAGGACGCCACCCCCGCCAAGAAGCAGCAGAUCAACUCAGCAGCGCUCCGCUUCCAGCCCACCAAGCGUCCGCAGGUCCAGGCUCAGAAGAAGACCAAGCCUGCCUUCCCCAAGCCCGUUGCACCCGCCCAGGGCUCAAGCUCCCCCGACCCGCAGGCUGCCGCAAACAAGUCCUCGGGAGCUGUCGCGCUUGCUGCAAACCCGCCCUCCAAGGCCUCGCUUGCCGACUUCCUUGGCAAUGAUGCUGACGAAGGUUUCUAUGCCGCCUCUCAGCCCAGGGAGCGCGGCGGUCGCAAGAACAAGAAAAAGAAGAAGAAGAACUACGAGGCCCAGGAGCAGAACUGGGACGACAUCUACGACCCGACGCGCCCCAACGACUACAACCAGUACAAGGGUAGCGAGGAGCAGAUGCGCGAGAUCGGAGAGUGGAAGGACCUGCUCUACCGCCACAGGUCGCUGAGGGAGCUGUCCAAGGAGUACCCGGAGAGCGACGAGGAGGAGUACGAGCGCUCGCACAGCAAGCCUCAAUUUGCUCCGCCGAAGAGCUACAACUUCGCUCCGCCUUCCGACCUCAACACACCCACGCCUCCCGUCCCGUCGGCUCCCGCUGAAGCAUCCGAUGACCCGAAUGGCGAAGAUGCCUACGCCCGCCGCGUGCGCCUGAGUGGCCUGGGUGCUCCGCCUCCCCCGCCUGAGGAGUCUGCCGAUGCGCUGCCUCCUCCUCCUCCUACAGAAGCACCCCCGCCGCCUCCGGCCGAUGGAUCCAUCUCUCGUGCACCUGUGCGCUACAACGUUCCGCCGCCCGAACAAUUGUCGGAGAAGCUGUCCGAGGAGAUUGCCGCUGAGGAGGAAGAAGCAGCCCGGGACGCGGAAGAUGGAUCACGCUCCAAGGCGCCUGGCCAGAAGGGCUUCGCUCAGCGCAUGAUGGAGAAGUAUGGCUGGGAGAAGGGCAAGGGUCUCGGCGCUAACGAGAACGGAAUCAUCACGCCGCUCGCGAUGAAGGCUGAGAAGCGCAAAAAGCUAGCCGACGCUCAAGGUGGUGGAUGGGCAACCCCUGCUGGCAUGGGCAAGAUCACGGGUGGUAAGAAGGCCAAGGUCAGCGAGGAUGAGGGCAAGCAUGGCAAGAUGAGCGCUGUUGUCGUCAUGAGCAACAUGCUAGUCGGAUUGGACUUGCAGCAGGAACUCGAUGAUGGCAGCCUGAUGCAGGAAAUUGGCGAAGAGCUCGACAAGGCUGGCGGUCGCAUAGAACGCAUCUACAUUGACCGCUACUCCGGAAGCGGCGAUGUUCCAGUCUUCGCAAAGUUCACGAACGAGCUGUCGGCAUUGCGCGCCGUCAACGCCAUGGAUGGCAGGGUGUUCAACGGCAACACCAUCCACGCCCGUUACUUUGAUGUCGACAAGUUCGAGCAAGGCGACUACAGCCUCUAA